GUAAAAUACGAAUGGCGGCUACGUAAAUGAUAAAAAAGUGGUCAAUUUGGAAAAGUUAUAUUACAAUUUAGUGAUUGUAAGUGGAAACUCAACGAUACUUGUCCUAAAGUGGUUUUUAGUAAGUUGUAGACAAUAAGGAAUGCUACCGCUUGGUACAACACCAGCGGUACAUGGACAAAAUAAUAUGCAGGCUAGUACACAAAAUUCUUCAUUAACACCCACAGGUUCUUCUAAUAAGUCUAAUAGCAGUUCAUUGAAACCGAAUUAUACCUUAAAAUUUACUCUUGCUGGGCAUACAAAAGCAGUUUCAUCUGUUAAAUUUAGCCCAAACGGUGAAUGGUUGGCAAGUUCCUCUGCUGAUAAACUUAUCAAAAUUUGGGGAGCCUAUGAUGGUAAAUUUGAAAAGACAAUAUCAGGCCAUAAACUUGGAAUAAGUGAUGUAGCAUGGUCAAGUGAUAGCAGAUUGUUAGUGUCUGCAAGUGAUGACAAAACAUUGAAAAUAUGGGAACUGUCUUCUGGAAAAUGCCUUAAAACAUUGAAAGGACAUAGCAAUUAUGUUUUCUGCUGCAAUUUUAAUCCCCAAUCUAAUCUUAUAGUAUCAGGUUCCUUCGAUGAAUCAGUUCGUAUUUGGGAUGUACGGACAGGAAAAUGCUUAAAAACCCUUCCUGCUCAUUCUGACCCUGUUAGUGCAGUACAUUUUAAUAGAGAUGGGUCGCUUAUUGUAAGCAGCAGUUAUGAUGGUCUUUGUCGAAUAUGGGAUACAGCAUCAGGACAAUGCUUAAAAACAUUGAUUGAUGAUGAUAAUCCACCAGUUUCUUUCGUUAAAUUUUCUCCAAAUGGAAAAUAUAUUUUGGCUGCCACUUUAGAUAAUACAUUGAAAUUGUGGGACUAUUCUAAAGGAAAAUGUCUUAAAACUUAUACUGGUCACCGAAAUGAAAAGUAUUGUAUUUUUGCCAAUUUUUCAGUAACUGGAGGUAAAUGGAUUGUAAGUGGUUCAGAAGAUAGUUUGGUGUACAUUUGGAACUUGCAGUCUAAAGAAAUUGUUCAAAGACUUCAAGGACAUACAGAUGUUGUACUGUGUACAACUUGCCAUCCAACUGAAAACAUUAUAGCAUCUGCAGCUUUGGAAAACGAUAAAACAAUAAAACUGUGGAAAAGUGACACAUGAAAUAAUAUAAUGUGCAAAUUAUUUUCUCUUUAAUGAUAAGAAUAAAGUAGGACAUUUCAAACUCAUAAUGACGUAAUUACUGAUGAAGGAGAACUGUUAAAGAAUGAUUUAACUUAUAGUUUUCUUAUAUCAGUAUUCAUUCACAGACUACCUUUAAAUGCAAAAUACAGUUUUAUAUUUUUUUCUAAUGAAAUGUAAAUAAAUAUAACUUUUGAGAGUGA